GGCGGAGUCCGGUGGCGGUGGUGGCGCUGGUGGCGGCGGCUUCGGAGCGGGCCCGGGCCCCGAGCGCCCCAGCAGCAUGGCUGACAAAAAUGGAGCUCUCAAGUGCACCUUCUCGGCGCCUGGCCAUAGCACCAGCCUGCUGCAGGGCCUCGCUGCCCUCCGUGCCCAGGGCCAGCUCCUGGACGUCGUGCUCACCAUCAACAGAGAGACCUUCCACGCGCACAAGGUGGUCCUGGCCGCCUGCAGCGACUACUUCAGGGCCAUGUUCACGGGUGGCAUGAGGGAGGCGAGCCAGGAUGUCAUCGAGCUGAAAGGCGUGUCGGCCCGCGGCCUGCGGCACAUCAUCGACUUUGCCUAUAGCGCCGAGGUGACGCUAGACCUGGACUGCGUGCAGGACGUGCUGGGUGCGGCCGUGUUCCUGCAGAUGCUUCCCGUGGUGGAGCUGUGCGAGGAGUUCCUCAAGGCCGCCAUGAGCGUGGAGACCUGCCUGAACAUCGGCCACAUGGCCACCACCUUCAGCCUGGCCUCGCUCAAGGAGUCGGUGGAUGCCUUCACCUUCCAGCACUUCCUGCAGAUCGCUGAGGAGGAGGACUUCCUGCACCUGCCGCUGGAGCGCCUCGUCUUCUUCCUGCAGAGCAAUCGGCUGCAGAGCUGUGCCGAGAUCGACCUGUUCCGCGCCGCGGUUCGCUGGCUGCAGCACGACCCGGCCCGGCGGCCGCGCGCCAGCCACGUGCUCUGCCACAUCCGCUUCCCGCUCAUGCGGUCGUCGGACCUGGUGGACAGCGUGCAGCCGCUGGACAUCAUGGUGGAGGAUGUGCUGUGCCGGCAGUACCUGCUGGAGGCCUUCAACUACCAGGUGCUACCCUUCCGGCAGCACGAGAUGCAGUCCCCGCGCACGGCCGUGCGCUCGGACGUGCCCUCCCUGGUCGCCUUCGGCGGCACGCCCUACACGGACAGUGACCGCUCCGUCAGCAGCAAGGUGUACCAGCUGCCCGAGCCCGGUGCCCGCCACUUCCGUGAGCUCACGGAGAUGGAGGUGGGCUGCAGCCACACGUGCGUGGCCGUGCUGGACAACUUCGUGUACGUGGCGGGCGGCCAGCACCUGCAGUACCGCAGCGGCGAGGGCGCGGUGGACGCCUGCUACCGCUACGACCCCCACCUGAACCGCUGGCUGCGGCUGCAGGCCAUGCAGGAGAGCCGCAUCCAGUUCCAGCUGAACGUGCUGUGCGGCAUGGUGUAUGCCACGGGUGGCCGCAACCGGGCCGGCAGCCUGGCCUCCGUCGAGAGGUACUGCCCGCGGCGCAACGAGUGGGGCUACGCCUGCUCUCUGAAGCGCCGCACCUGGGGCCAUGCCGGCGCCUCGGCGGGGGGCCGCCUCUACAUUUCGGGGGGCUACGGCAUCUCGGUGGAGGACAAGAAGGCGCUGCACUGCUACGACCCCGCCGCUGACCAGUGGGAGUUCAAGGCGCCCAUGAGCGAGCCCCGCGUGCUUCACGCCAUGGUGGGUGCCGGCGGCCGCAUCUACGCCCUCGGGGGCCGCAUGGACCACGUGGACCGCUGCUUUGACGUGCUGGCCGUGGAGUACUACGUGCCUGAGACAGACCAGUGGACCAGCGUGAGCCCCAUGCGGGCUGGCCAGUCAGAGGCCGGCUGCUGCCUGCUGGACAGGAAGAUCUACAUUGUGGGGGGCUAUAACUGGCGUCUCAACAACGUGACGGGCAUCGUGCAGGUGUACAACACAGAGACGGACGAGUGGGAACGCGACCUGCACUUCCCGGAGUCGUUCGCGGGCAUCGCCUGUGCCCCCGUCCUGCUGCCCCGGUCAGGGACCAGGAGGUAGCUCCCGGGACCCGUGGGACCCGGCCCAGCCUCAUGCCGUCUCUGCCAGGGGUUUUGGUGAGCGCACACCGGGGCUGAGGACCACAGAACCACCCCCCCCCCGGCCCGCGGCCUGACAUCUUGGGGCCUGCUGCGUCGAUAAGGCCCCUCCCCCUGGGGUCCCUCCUUCCUUCCCGAAGCAGAUCCUGGCUUCGUGCCCACCGAGGGAGCCUGCCGGCCCUGAGGCCGACAUGUCACGGCAGCGGGGGUUUCCUCACCCGCCCCACAUCCUCGCUCAUGGAGGGAAUCGGGGUCUCCUUUGGGGUGUUGUUGUGUGGCUUACGUCCCACUUCUCUCUCCUCCCCCAGCUCGGCAGUCUCAGACGCUCAGAUGCAAGCUCAUUAGCGUCGAGCCCCAAACCCAUGGUUUGCACCCUGCCCCCUCCCAAGUUUCUCGCACUGUGCGUUUUUAAAAAAUAAACACCCCCCAAACUCUGGAACACACAGACCUCCAGGAGCUGGUAAGGUGGCAGGGGUGCGCCCUGCUCAGGGUUGACUUCAAGGGUGGGCAUGUUCCUGCCCCCAAUAAGCCUGAGCCGCCGGGGUGGGGAGGAUGGCCUUGGACGAGGGUCUCGCACUUAUCUUCAUUCCUGUCCCAACUCCCUCAACGUGUUCUGUCAUCCACUUUCAGAAGGAGAAAACACAGCCGGCUCUCAGAGAGGGUCCUUAUGGUUUCCCAGCUUUCUAUUUGGUGCUGGGCGUCUCAGGGGUCCUCAGUGAGGAGUGGGCCGACACGCUAGGGGGACACCUUUAGAAUCUCUCAGUGUGUCUGCAUUCCACAAGUCUGAUGAUUUUUAUUUCUCUCCCUUUUUUCCAGCCCCCCACCCCCCCACCCCCGCCCCACCCAUCCCAUGUUCCGGUUGUCAGGCCACAGGGCCUGUGCCCUCAGCAAGGGAGGUCAGGCGGGUGGUGCAGGCUCUUCCCUUCAAGGGCUUUGCGGCAUCUCUGGCCACAUUUGAUUUGGUGUCAAACCCCUAAAGCUGGUUUGGUCUGGUUUUGCUGUUUUAGUGUUUUUUUUUUUUUUUUUUUUUUCUCCUUUGGUUCUGUUUUGCUUCUUUUAAGACACCGGCAUUGCUAUCUUAUAAAUGGGAUUUGUACCCUCGGGGCAACUUAAAGUGUCUCUUCUGCUGCUAACGGACGAUUGAUGUUGUGUCUCUGUGACCCACUCACCGUGUAAAGAAUUAACCUCAUAUCUUAGCAGAUGUCGUCUCCUAAUAUUUUCCUUCAUUUAAUAAAAAUGUUAUGGUGAAGAGAUGGAGAGGGCCCAGCGCUGAGCUUGUGGGGCCUGAUGGGUCACAGAUUCCUCACGUCCUCUGUGUGGUUAGGGGCUCCUCUCCCCUCCUCACCCUUUUCCAGCAUUGCAGAGGGGCUGGAAGAGGGGCUGGCCUUUGGCUCAGGGGCGUGGGGCAGUGGGAAGUGUGGCCAGAACUUCCACCUAGGGACUGGAGGAGAAGACAGAUCCGCCCUGGGCUGGGUGGCCUUCGGUGAGACUCUCUCCAGGUUGUUUCAUGCGCCUUCUGGCUUCGUCCCCGGCCACCAGACAGCCCCCAGCUCCUGGCAGGUUGUCUCCAUCUGCUCAGUCCUGGGGUGUGAGAUUGGGGAGCCAGGGAGCCCCUCUCCCUGGAGGCCAUGAUGGGGGAGACUCAGGGCAGUCCUAAAGGAAGCAUGAAAUCAUCACCAUUCCAUAUGGGCCUGAGAGCUCCGUGAAUCGCCCCCAACCCCGGCUCUCAUGCCUGGCCUCACGACGGACCAGGCUGUAUGUUGGUGGAGAAUGCCUGCUGUUCAUGGACAGCUUUCUGAGAUGGGAGGCUUCCAGGAUCACCCUCAAAAUGCACCCACAGGCCUGGUGCUCCUGUGCAGCAGCCUUCGGGGCCCCAGAGCGAAGCCGGAUGUGUGGGUGGGGGGCAGUGUUGAAAUAAAAACUUGGUUGGGAACCAGGAAGGAGACCAUGCUGCCAGGGGCAUUGAAAUAAAAGCGGCAGCCCUUGGGGACUUAACCAGAACAUUCCAGUCCCUUUUCACCCCCCUCCCCAACCUGAGCUCCCCCAAAGAGAACCCUUCCCCGCUAGAGGCAUGGCCCCUUCAGGGGGGCAGUGAGAAUCUUUUGCCAGCUGCAAGUCCCCCCAGAUCAGCUCACACCUCAGAACAUC